CACUAUCGGAUGUCACACGCGGUGUCACUGCCGGUGCCACACGGCCGGGGCUCGGCAGCGACAGGAGAGCGACAGAACCAUGAGGGACACGGGGGACAGCGGGGGACAGCGGCUGGCACAGGCUCAGCACCGGCGCGACCUGGAGGCGGAGCUACGUGACCUCAGCAGCCAGGUGGCGGCGCUGGGGCGGAGCCUGGCGGCGGAACGUGGGCGGAGCCUGAUGGAGGGCGGGGCCCUGCGGGCACUGGAGAUCGCGGUGGGCGGAGCCAAGGCUCGGGUGGGCGGAGCCUGCCGGGCUCUGGACCGGGCCAAAGAGCGGCUGCGGCUGCAGCAGGAGGCGGGGCAGGUGCUGUGGGCGGAGCUGGAGGCUGCUCGCGCUGCCAAAGUGGGGGCGGAGCUCCGGGCUCAGGAGGCGGAGUCUCAGUGCCGGGCCCGGGGGGCGGAGCUGGAGCGGCUGCGACAGGCAGUGCAGGCAGCCCAGCGUUCCCGGCGCCGGGCGGAGCAGGAGCGUGACCAGGUGUCGGCCAAGGUUGGCCACGCCCCCCCGCCCAGCGCCCCCAGCGGUGACCCCGCGGCGCUGCAGGCGGCGCUGGAGGAGCUGCGGGAGCACAACCGGGAGCUGCGGGAGCGGCUGCGGGAGCGGCUGGGACAGGUGGAGGAGCUGCGCCGGGCUCUGGCGGCCGCGGGCUCGCGGGCUCAGGACGCGCAGGUGGCGCGGGCCCGGCUGGCGCAGGAGCAGCGGCGGCUCCGGGAGCGGCUGCGGGACCCCCCCGGGACCCCCGGAACCACCGGGACCCCCGGAACCACCGGGAUCCCCGAGACCUUUGGGACCCCCGGAACCACCGGGACCCCCGAGACCUUUGGGACCAUCGAGACCCUCGGGACCUCUGAGACCAUCCGGACCACUGGAACCAUCGAGACCCCCGGGACCCUCGGGAUCAUCGAGACUUUCGAGACCAUUGAGACCCUCGGGAUCACCGGGACCAUCGGGAGCCUCGGGACCCUCGGUGUCCUCGGUGUCCUCGGUGGCCCCGGGGGUCCCGGGGGUCCCGGGGGUCCCGGGGGUCCCGAGCUCGCCCUGCGCGCCCGCUGCGCGCACCUGCAGGAGCUGCUGCGGAGAGAGGCGGGGGCGCGGGUGGCGCUGUCGCGCUGUGCCCGUGUCACCGGGCGCCGCCUGCGGCUCUUGGCGGCCGAGGCCGAGGAGCAGCGGCUGCGGGGGGAGCGGUACCGGGAGCAGGCCCGUGCCGCGGACGCCGCUGCCCACCUGGUGGCCCGGCAGGUGGCCCUGGUGGCCGCGGGCACCGCGCGGGCGCUGGCCCAGGGCCGCCUCCUGCGCCGCGAGCUCGAGGACGUCGGGGACGGCGCCGCUGCCACCGCCCGGCUCAGGGCACGGCUGCGGGCACGGCUCAGGUGUGACCCCAUGAACCUGUCCCGCACGGUGCGGCGGAUGCUGCGCGACAGCGACAGCGACAGCGACAGCGGCGACAGCGGCGACAGCGGCGACAGCGGCCACGCCCACCCUGACCCCGCCCCCAGCGCUGGGGACACGCCCUGAACCCCCCGACCCCAAAAACCGCCCCAAAACCGCGACCCCAAACUCCCUGAACCCCAAAACCCCGACCUUGACUCCAAACCGCACCCCAAAACCCAGCGGAAUUGCGGCGGGGGUCCCCAAAACCGGGGGGGGGACCCCAAAAACGGGGACGGGAACCCAAAACCCGAAGGGGACUCCAAAACUCGGGGGAGACCCUAAAACCUGGAGGACUCUAAAAACGGGAGGAACCCCAAAACGGGAGGGAGGGACCCCAAAAGCAAUUCUGUGUAUAUUUUUUGGGUGAAAUCCCCCAAAAUCUGCUGGGACACCCCAAACCCGUCUUUACCCUCAUUAUGAUGCUGAAACACCCCCCAAAACCACCCAGGUUCUGUCCAACCCCCCUCAAUCUGCUCGGGGGGGGGGUGGGCAAGACCCUUUUAAUCCUAUUUUGGGGGGUGAAAUCCCCCCAAACCCCCAAAAACCCCUAAAGCCCCCUAAAAUCCCCCAAAAUUUGGGGGAACCCCAAAACUGUCUUUAUUCUUAUUGUGGGGGCUGAACCCCCAAUAAAACCCCCACAACUUCUCCAAUUCCUCCACAAUCUGUUCGAGGGGGUGGGAAAGACCCCUUUAAUCCCAUUUUGGGGGCUGAAAUCCCCAAAAAGCCCCACAACCCCCCAAAAUCCGCUGGGAUACCCCAAAACUGCCUCACCCUCAUUGUGGGGGCUGAAAUUCCUCAA